CAUCAGCAUCAGAGGUGGUGGAUAAAUACAUACAAGUGCAAGUCGUCUUCUGUGUGCGGAGCAAGGAAAAAUCACUCGCAACAAUUUUCUCGCCCCAAAAGUGUAAUCGUUUUUCCAAGAAGGAAAGUCCCGCAAAUCCAUCUUCCAUUUUUGUUUCCUGAAGGAGAAAAACCAGAAACGCGUUUGCAUCAUGUCCACCACCACGGAAAAGGAGAAUAUUUUCAUGUUUGUGCCGAAUCUGAUCGGCUAUGCCCGGAUUGUGCUGGCGAUCGUUUCCUUCUACUACAUGCCCACCAACUACGUGAUCGCCGGCUGGUGCUACAUCGUGAGCGUCGUGCUGGAUGCCCUCGAUGGACAUGCGGCGAGACAUUUCAAUCAAUCCACGAAAUUCGGCGCCAUGCUCGACCAGCUGACCGACCGUUGCGGUACCAUGGGACUGCUGGUGACGCUUAGCUACUUCUACCCGAAGUACAUGUUCUGGUUCCAGCUGUCGAUGGCCAUCGAUGUCGCGUGCCAUUGGUUCUACCUGCACACGACCGUUCUGCAGGGUAAAACUUCGCACAAAUUCAUCGACAUGUCUGGUAAUCCGAUAAUGCGCGUCUACUACACCAACCGGACCGUGCUGGGCUUUAUGUGUUUGUUCAACGAACUGUUCUACGCCGCUCUAUACCUGUUGCAUUUUACUCCGGGACCGUUGAUCUUGGGUGUGUCAUCGUUCAAGCUGCUGGCCAUGUUCUCCGCCCCGGUGGCCAUCGUCAAGACCGGUAUUUCGGUGAUCCAUGGUUACGUCGCCAGCAUGAACAUCGGCGUUAUAGAUGUGGCCGAGCGUGAAGCUCAACGGGAACGGGAAGCCGCCAAAAAGCCACAGUAAGCUGAUGAUGUUUGGUAUCAACCCACCAACACCCGUGCGCAGUGUAAUCAACUUAUUGAUGGUUUGUAUCUCGGUCCCGCCAUUGGCAUUUCUUCCUCCUAUAAGUGUCAAUCCGUCUUUGGAACUAAACAAUCGUGUUUACAUCUAGUUUGUGUCUGAAUAUAGUUGGGCGAAGAAUUCGUGACUAUACACCAAACGCAUGCACCAGCAAUUUUUCGCUAGUUUUUCAAGAGCCGUAAGUUUUGCUGAAUUUCAAUGAAUCGUUGAUUUGGCAAAAAUUUGCUAAAACUUCGAUGAAAAGCAGCAAUAUAAAUUAAAACAUUCAGCUCGACAGAAUUAUGCCAAAUUUUGUUGAAAAUCAGAGAAUCAAUCAGGGUGUAGACAGGAAAACUGAGAAUGCACGUCUUUUGAACCACGUGGGCGAAUGGAAAAUCAUAUUGAACCUGAACGAUAUUCGGACAAGUAAUUGUGGUAAAUUAUCGGAAUUGUGAAGCAGGUUAAUUUAGACGCUAAGUUGACUGUCUUAAGCAGAAUCCCCUAUACCAAAAGAUUUCGUAAACUUUAUGACAAUUUGAAGUAAUUUUUAGAAACCAUUACGAAAAAUAGUCGCCAACAUCCUCGAUUCUAUUAAUUUAUCCAAGAAAAAUCACUAACACUAAGAUAAAAAAAAUCUAGUUGUAUUUUAUAUUAAAAAUGUAUACCGUAGCAAGGUAAUGCACUCACACACACAAACAGCUUUAUCAUUCCACACGUAGGAGGCAUAUCGGAGAAGUGGUCAAAUAAUUGAAAAAAAAGUUCAAACAGUAUCCCGUGCAAUACAUCCAUAUAACUGUUAGAUGAUAGACGUUAAAAAAAUCAUUUCAUUGGGACUAACAAAACAUGUCGACAUAAAGCUAUAUAUUCAGAGAAAGAGAGGCAAAUCUCAAACAAAACGUAAAAGUAUCUAUAUUCGUUGUCGCCGAUACUUACUUAAACUAAAACCUGAUAUUUGUGCUCACGUUUCACCACGUGAUAGAGGGAUGAAAAACAUCUAAAACAAAUUAGUAGAAUGCGUGAGCAAAUCGAUGUUGCACCUAACUUAUUUUCCAUUGUAGAGAAGUGUUUAGAAAUACAAAAAAGAAAAUAUCAAA